CCGGAGCGCAGGCGGCGGAGCGCGGGCGGCGGCGGCGGCGGCAGAUCAGAAUGGUCUUGGCUCAGACUUUCACCAUCUCCCUACUGAAGUAAGUGCUGAAAGUUGCAUCUUCUGGACAGGCUGGUCCUCGCUGCCCCACAAAGCCACCCUGGCCACCAGCCCACCUCAGUCUGCCGCUGGACUCCGCAUUCCCGUUCAUGGCAAUGCCCCAGAACUCCACCAGAGAAAAUGGCUUUUGUUUCACUCAGCCCCUCGACUUCUCCUGCCCGUGCCCUCGUCCCGGCGAGGCCGGCCGGGAUGCAGCGAGCAGGGUGGAUGGCUGCAGCACCCCCCUGAGCAAUGGCACCGCAUCCUCGGGGGCUCCCAGCCCCUCGGGCUCCUGUGCCCAGCCCCUCUGCACGGCCCAGGAGGAGACGCCGCUCGAGGAGGGGAUCAAAUACGUGUCUGCUGAUGGAGAGGAACUGGCCUGCGGCUGGGGUGGCUUCACCCCCGGCUGCUUGCAGCUCUGCAACACAUCCAAAGGGGUCUUGUUCUUCCUCUGCGUGGCCUCCUUCCUGCAGGGCAUGACCGUCAACGGCUUCAUCAACACCGUCAUCACCUCCAUCGAGCGCCGCUUUGACCUGCGCAGUUACCAGAGCGGGCUGAUCGCCAGCUCCUACGACAUCGCGGCCUGCGUCUGCCUGACCUUCGUCAGCUACUUCGGGGGCAAUGGCCACAAGCCCCGCUGGCUGGGCUGGGGCGUGCUGCUCAUGGGCUUGGGCUCCCUGCUCUUCGCCCUGCCCCACUUCACCACGGGGCGCUACGAGGCGCGCUCGGCCGCCCAGGUGGGCGUCUGCGGGGGGAACCAGAGCCUGGCCUGCUCCCAGGCUGCCUCCAGCCUCUCUGGCUACAGGUUUGUCUUCAUGCUGGGGCAGUUCCUGCACGGGAUGGGAGCCACGCCGCUCUACACGCUCGGCGUCACCUACUUAGAUGAAAACGUCAAGACCAACUACUCCCCCGUGUACAUUGCUGUUUUCUACACUGCUGCAAUCCUUGGGCCUGCAGCGGGUUAUCUGGUAGGAGGAAUGUUUCUAAAUAUUUAUACUGAAAUUGGCAGAGAGACCGACAUGGCCCCCGAGAACACGCUGUGGGUGGGGGCAUGGUGGAUCGGCUUCCUGGGCGCCGGGGCUGCCUCCCUCCUCAUCUCCAUCCCCAUCCUGGGCUACCCCCAGCGCCUCCCAGGAUCCCAGCGCUACAUCGUCAUGAGGGUGUCAGAGGCUCAUCAGCUGAAGGAUGGGAGCCACAGGAAAGCCUCGGAUCCAGACUUUGGGAAAACGGUGAAAGAUCUGCCUGGGUCAGUGCUGCUACUUCUGAAGAACCCCACCUUCAUCUUCCUCUGCUUAGCAGGAGCAACUGAAGCCACCCUGAUUGCAGGGAUGUCCACGUUUGGACCCAAAUUCCUGGAGUCUCAGUUUAGUUUAAGUGCCUCUGAAGCUGCCACCUUUUUUGGUUAUCUGGUUGUGCCAGCUGGAGGGGGAGGCACAUUCCUGGGAGGAUUCCUCGUGAAUAAAUUUAAACUGCGCUGCUCAGGAAUCAUCAAGUUGUGUUUGUUUUGCACAGUGUCAAGUCUGCUGGCCAUAUUCAUUUUUUUUAUCCACUGCCCUAACAUGCCCAUGGCAGGAGUAACCCAGAUGUAUGAUGGAAGUGCUUUGCCAGGUGGGCACCUUAACCUGACAGCAGCCUGCAAUGCCCAGUGUGGCUGUUUGCAGGACACCUAUAGCCCUGUCUGUGGCACUGAUGGCAUCAUGUACUACUCCCCCUGCCAUGCUGGCUGCAGAAGUGUGUCUGCAAACCUCAGGAAUGGCAAGAAGGUCUACCAAGAGUGUAGCUGUGUUGACAAAGGCCUCCUCUCUGGCUCUGGCAAAGCAGAGGCAGGGAAAUGCACCUCCUCCUGUGCCAAAAAGCCUUUACUCCUGUGCUUCAUGUUCGUGGUCAUCCUCUUCACCUUCCUGAGCAGCAUUCCUGCCCUGACUGCCACUCUCAGGUGUGUCUCUGAUAGGCAAAGGUCCUUUGCACUCGGGAUCCAGUGGAUUGUGGUACGAACCUUAGGAGGCAUCCCUGGCCCCAUUGCCUUUGGCUCCAUGGUUGAUAAAUCCUGCCUGCUCUGGCAGGACCAGUGUGGUGAGCAGGGCUCCUGCUACGUUUACCAGAACUCAGCCAUGAGCCGAUACACCCUCGUCGCUGGACUGGUCUACAAGGUCCUCGGGACAACCUUCUUUAUAGUGGCCUGUUUACUCUACAAACCCCCACCUGCAGAGUCAGCUCCAGGCAGCUUGGAUGCAUCCGAAAAUGGCACCAGUGACCUCCAGGAGCACAAGCCUUCACUGCCAGCUGAAGAGGAUAUAUAGUGCUGCCCACAUGCAAGUGACUUUUUCAGCCUCAGAAAUACCAUGAGAUACCAUUAUGCAGCAUCCCAAGGGGUUUUUAAAUCAACAGUAAUAUUUUAAAUUUUUAUUCUUUUUUUUUAGUUGAAGAUAAAUAAUUUAAGUAA